CACGAAAACGACGAAUGCCCGAUUGAUGCCGAACUUUGCCUUCGGAUCAAGGAUUUGGUCUCUAUUUCCUGGCAAGUUAGCGAUGGGCUUGCAUACCUCUCUUCGAAAAACUUCAUUCAUCGCGAUGUCGCCGCUCGUAAUGUAUUGCUCACGAAGCACCUAGUUGCCAAGGUGAGCGACUUCGGUCUGGGCCGUUAUGCGGAUUCAGCCCUUUAUACGGCACGUGGUGGGCGUCUGCCAUUCAAGUCCAUGGCAUUGGAGGCACUCAAAUACUACGAAUUCUCUGAAAAGACUGAUGUAUGGGCAUUCGCAAUUCUGCUCUUCGAGAUUUUCUCACUCGGCAGUGUACCAUAUCCGACCGUUCAGCCAGUGGAUAUGAUAUCCUACAUUGAACAAGGCAAUCGUCCACCUCAACCAGAGAAAUGUCCGAAUGAGAUAUUCAAGUUGAUGAAGAGAUGCUGGCAAGCCGACCCAAAUGAUCGUCCAACUUUUGCUGAGAUUCGAGGUGAACUGACCAUUCUUCUGAAUAUCGACGACGAAAGUUACGGCUAUUUAAAUCUUGACAGCGACAAAAAAUCCCGUCAAAUUCGAGAUAUGAUUAACAGACAGAAACAUCAACUUUGCGAAAAUCAUUGUUGA